UUGUAUUUCUUACUGACUGGAUACAAACUGGACGACAUCUUCGCUGCAGCCAGGCUCGACAGCUCCUGGCCCACACCACUGUCGAGGGCUUCAUACAGCAAUACAGUAUUUGCUGAGUAGACAACACGCCAUUCAUUUGCUGACUGCGUGUUGAACGCCGGGGGUUCCUCUGGCUUGAAGUCCGGGAAAUUGUGCCAGCUGACACGCCCCCGAAAUAGGGCUGCACAUCAGCAGCAAUGGCAGACUUUUGGAGUAAGGGUUUACGUGGCGAUGUGGGCGCCACGCCACGGCUGAACAGAGCUGUCGGUCAGAAGCCAGGCAUUUAUGGGGACAAGCCCGGCCCGACGCCUGCACGCGAGGACAAGGGAAAGGCCGACAAGAAUCUGACGCCGCUAAUGGCAGGCAUUGGCCAGGUCCGUGCGCCGCACCCAACAGUGCGUAAAAUGCCGCCGCUUAACACCGAGAACUCGGACCCGGACAUGCGACCGAACUCGCCCUCGAAGGCGCCAAGCGAGUUCAGCGGCGAUGGAGACGAAGGCGACUACAUCGAAAACGAUUCCGUGCGGGUCUUUGUGCGCGUGCGUCCCGCGACGUCACAGGAGCUCACGCACGAUAAGCACGAGCAGUGCCUGUCCGUCAUCGGCAGCCGCAGCAUUCAGCUGAACAUGAAGGAGAAGCAGAACACCACACAUAGCUUCCAUUUCGACCAGGUGCUGCCGGAGACCACCACGCAGCAGGACGUGUUUGACUUGGCGGGCGUGGCGGCGGUGGACAACUGCCUGGCGGGAUACAACUCGUCCAUCUUUGCGUACGGACAGACGGGUGCGGGUAAGACGUUCACCAUCAUCGGCAACAUCGCCAACCCGGAGAAGCGCGGUCUGGCGCCGCGCGUCUUUGACUACCUGUUCAGCAAGAUUGGCGAGAACGAGAACACGCGUGGACCCGAGACUGUCAAGUACAACUGCAGGGCGUCCUUCCUGGAGAUCUACAACGAGAACAUCGGCGACCUGCUCAGCCCCAGCGGCCACAGCCUGCCCAUCCGCGAGGACCCCGAGAAGGGCCCCUACGUGGAGGGACUCACUGAGCCGCCCGCGCUCAACGUGGACGAGAUGCUGUCGCUGCUGCUGAAGGGCGCGGAGAACCGCCACACCGGCGAGACGCGCCUCAACCACGAAUCGAGUCGUUCGCACUCCGUGUUCGUGUGCACCGUGGAGAAGACCGUGACCAGCAACGGCAUCAGCAAGUGCUUCUACGCCAAGCUUAACCUGGUGGACCUUGCGGGCAGCGAGCGCAUUGCCAGCGGCGCACACGGUGGUUCGAAUGUGACGGGCGAGCACUUCAAAGAGGCCUGCAACAUCAACAAGUCGCUGACGGCGCUGGGCCGCGUGACCACGGAGCUAGUCAAAUCGCAGAAGGCGGGCGGCGGCGGUCACGUGCCGUACCGUGACUCGAAGCUGACAUUCCUGCUGCAGUCCUCGCUGGGUGGCAACGCCAAAACGCUCAUCAUCGCCAACGUCAGCCCCAGCAGCGUCUGCUCGCAAGAGACGCUUAGCACGCUGCGCUUCGCCAAGCAGACCAAGCACAUCCGCAACGACGCCAAGGUCAACUGGACGGUGCAGGGCGACCGCCUGGCCAUGCAGCGCGAGAUCGAGCGCCUGCGCAUGGAGCUGGCCAGCGCGCGGUCCGGCACCUCGGAGCCGCUGGUGCAGCGCAACCUGGAGCUCAGCGGCGAGCUGCAGCAGGAGCAGCAGCGGCGCGAGGAGCUGCAGCAGGAGCGCGACCGGCUGCAGGCGGUGUACAACCAGGCCAAGCUGCAGAUCCGCGUGCUGGACCAGCGCCUGGUGGGCCUCAACGGCAUGUCGGACCGCAGCGGCAUCAGCGCGCUGGUGCCCCUGGUGGACCAGCUGGAGGUGCUGGACGGCGGCUGCAUGCGGCUGCGGGUCGAGCUGGCGGAGGCGGAGAAGGCGGUCCUGGAGAGCCGCCUAGCGGCUGAGGAGCUCGGCCGCGCGGCGCUGAGCGCGCAGCUCGUGGACGCUGCUGUGGCCCGUGAGGCGGUGGACGCAAAGUGCGCCGGCCUGGAGGAGCAGCUGGCGGCUCUGGGCAAGGAGAAGGAGGACCUGGAGGAGAGCUGCUCCGUGCUGGCGGAGAACUUUUCGGAGGCAGGCGCGCGCAUCAGCGAGCAGAAGGAGCAGCUGGCGGCGCAAGCGACCAGCCUGCAGGAGGUCCGCGACCAGGCGGCGCAGCUGGAGUCGCAGCUGGCGGAGGAGCAGUCUGCGCGCAAGAAGGUGGAGGAGGAGCUGGCGGAGGCUCGCUCCAAGGCCGGCCAGGACGUGGAGAGCGCCGCCGCGCAGGCCGCGACGCUGCAGUCGCAGCUGGAUGACCGCGCUGCGGAGCUGUCCCAGCAGGCCAGCCGCAUGGAGGGCCUGGAGCGGCAGCUGGAGGGCGCUCUAGCCGAGGUGCAGCAGCUCCAGGCGCGCCUGGCGGAGGCUCAAGAGCAGAUGGCGCUGACGCAGCACGCGGGCGGCGAGCGCGUUGCCGAGCUGUCCUCCAAGCUGGAGGCUGCGGAGGGCCGCGCGGCGCAGGCGUCUGCGACCCUGGACGACACCGCCCGUGACCUGGCCUCCAGCCGCGAGCAGCUGGCGGAGCGCGAGUCGCGGCUGGCGGACCUGGAGGCGCAGCUGGGCGCCAAGGCGUCAGAGUGCGCGGAGGCCCUGCAGCGCCUGGCGGAGACGCAGUCGGGGCUGCAGGAGCAGACCGCCGCCCGCGGCACGGCGGAGGCGGAGGCGGCGGCGCUGGGCGCGCAGCUGGCAGCACUGAAGGAGCAGCUGGCGGCGGCGGAGGGCACCGGCUCUGAGGCGGCGCAGGCACUGGCGGCGGCGCGCCGCGAGGCGUCUGAGCUGGCAGAGCAGCUGGCGACGCGCGGCAGCGAGCUGCAGGCAGCGGAGGGCCGCGAGGCGGUCGCUCGCGCCGAGGUGGUGGAGCUGACAGCCCGCACUGCCGCAUUGGAGGCCGCCGCCAAGGAGCAGGCUGCCGCGCUGGCAUCUGUUGAGGAGAGCCUGGCGGGAGCACAGGCUGAGGCGGCGGCGCUGAAGGAGCAGGUGGCCGGCCUGGAGCAGCAGCUGGGCGAGGCACGCGGCGAGCACAGCGCCAGUAUUGAGCGCGCGACGUCGCUGUCGGGCACCGUCGAGCAGAUGAGCAGCCGCGUGCGGGAGCUUGAGGACACCAUCUCCAAACAGGCGGCGGAGGCGGCAGAGCGUGCGACGGCCGCGGCGGCGGAGGCGGCUACCCUGGAGGCACGGCUGGCGGAAGUGGAAGCGGCCAAGGCCAAGCUGGCGGAGCACCUGGAGCAGGAGCAGGCGGCGGAGGCGGCGCUGCGUGAGGAGGUGGCGCGGCACACCGCCGCCAUCACUGAGCUGCGGGAGCAGGUCUCGCAGGAGGAGGCCCGUGCGCUGGCGGCCCGCCGCGAGAAGGCUGAGAGCGAGGCCGACGCGCAGCGGCAGAUGGCGGAGAUCGAGGACCGCCACCAGCAGGAGCUGCAGAAGCUGCAGGACGAGCUGGACCGCCGCAACGGCGACCUCAAAUCACGCGACCAGGAGAUGAUCCGCUCCAACUUCGCGCUCAAGGGCGAGAUCGACCGGCUGCAGUCGGGUCUGGAGCAGGCCAGGCGCGAGCUGUCCAGCAGCAAGGCCAAUCAGGAGCAACUGGUGGCCUCGCAACAGGUGGCCAUCGCCGGCAUGACUGAGCGCCUCAACAAGCAGAGCGACCGCUACAACGAGCUCAGCAAGAAGCACGAGUCGGUGAAGCAGCAGCUGGACACGGCGCAGCGCGAGAUUGAGAACUGGAAGACCAAGUCGGAGCGGCUGGACCACGCCAUGGCGGACGUGACGCGCCUCAUCCGCUUCGCGCGCAACCCGCCCGACUCGGCCCGCUCCUCGCUCAUCAUGACCCGCAGCGACCACAUGUCGCCCAACUGGGCCACCAGCAACGUGUCCGGCUCCCGCAACGGCCCCAGCGGCAUGGGCGCCACACCUGGCUCGCUAUCGCUGCGCAUCACGGAGUCGCCCGCCGAGUCCCCGCGCAUGUCCACCAGGUGAGCACUGAGCAGCCUUGC